CCUUUUCUUCCCGAGGCAGGAACGUCAUUUUUCAGGGACACCCCGUCCCCGUUCGGUGCUUCUGGCUGUGUUUGGAGAAAGGUACCGUCAUGGCGUCGGGAACAGGGGAGCCGUCCACCGGACACGAUGCAGAACUGGACGAAUUAUUGGACAGUGCGCUGGAUGACUUUGACAAUAAGCCGGCCCCUGAACCCGCAGCUGCUUCCUCUUCAGCCAACAGCGGUGCAGAGAAGCCUCCUCUGCUCGAAGACAGCAAACUCUUCGAGACUCUCUUUGAGGGGGACAUGGCGUCCCAAGCCAGGGAGGAGUGGGAGAAGGCCAUGACCGAGCUGGCCCACGAGGAGCCCGAGUUACUGCAGCACUUCCAUAAGCUGUCGGAGGCCGCGGGCAAAGUCGGCACCGACACGGAAUCCCAGCAGGAAUUCACUUGCUGUCUUAAAGACACCCUGCGUGGCCUGGCCAAAAAUGCAGAUAACCUGCAGUCCUCGGGACUAGCUGGAGACGACCUCGUCAAGGCCCUGGAGGGCCUGGGAUUGGAGGAGGGCGGCGAAGGAGGAGGAGGAGGAGGCAGCGGCGGCGAUGACGGAAACAUCCUCCCCAUCAUGCAGUCCAUCAUGCAGAAUCUCCUCUCCAAGGAAGUGCUUUACCCGUCUCUCAAAGAGAUCACUGCCAAGUACCCAGAAUGGUUGGAAGCCAACAAGCCGAGCCUCAGCCCAGAGGACUACCAGCGCUACGAGCAGCAGGCCAAAAUCAUGGGGGAGAUCUGCAAGGGCUUUGAGGUCGAGGAGCAAGGGGCCGCAGAUAAAGACGGCGCGUUCGAGAGCAUCAUGGACCUGAUGCAAAAGCUUCAGGACCUGGGCCAGCCCCCCAAAGAGCUCGCAGGCGAUGCGCCUCCAGGCUUCAACUUUGACAUGGAGUCCCUCAACCUCCCAGGAGGCCCCGGGGCCGGGGCGGCAGAUCAGUGCUCCAUCAUGUGAGGAGGCCCUUCCAGAAGCCCCGGGGUCACGGGGUCACCGUGUGUGUGUGCGUCAGGCGACAGGCAGGGAGUGAAGGAGUGUGAGGCGACGGUCAGGCAGGAGUGUGACCACACUGGUCGAGACUGCUCUCCCUCGAGUUGAAGGUGUGGGGAUGCAGACAACAACAACAACAACAACAACAACAACAACAACAGGAGGAGGAGGAGGAGGAAGAGGCACGAAAACCAACGGGAACCACACACACACACACACACACACCAAACCCACGCUCUCCUGUCUAAAAUCACUGAACGCACAGCUGAGAACAUUUCAACAGCUCUGCAUUAGUUGCGGUUGCCGCAGUUACGGUUUAGUUUUAACAGCAUUACCUAUAAUAAAAAAAAAUGUCCUUCAUGUUGUUUUUAACAAACUGUUUAGCCUCAUGGUAAAAAUCUAUCAAGCCACCUCGCGGGUAUUAACAGUGCCUUUUUUUUUGCAAAAAUUACUUUAAGUUAUUAUUUUUAGGUCUUUUAGAUUUUGCUGUCAUUCAGCUAAUUGCUCAAGAUUAUAGUUUUAAAGUGGGGUGAAUUCUGCAAUAUCGUCCCAUUUCUACACCCGAGUGAGAGAUCGUUCUUUUGGUGCUUAAUUAAACACACACACCUUUUGUUUUGUGUGGUCGAUGCAACUUAACGAGUUGAUAACCUGUCGACGUGUAAAGAAACUGGAAGAAGAAGAAGGUAGUGUACAUUUGUUAAUUAUUUAAAUGAUUUUAAAAAAAAUACUAGAGAGGUUUGAAAGCCUCGUGAGAAGUUCCCAGCGCCAACUGAUUUAAUAACCCUCCCCUCCCUCUGAGUGUUGUCUCCCUAAUCCCAUGUAUUGAUUUGAGAUGAUUGACAAGAUGGCUCCUGUAUGCCUUUGCUGUGUAGAGUUGCCGUGCAAAGUGCUCCCCUUGUGAUUCCCAGUGUGUUUUAAUGUGCAGAGUGAAGCUUCGGGAGUGUUUACCACCUCGUUCUUUUUGUCCUGUACGUCAUGAGGACAGAAACGUGUCCGUCAUUGUUGCAGAUGAUCUGUUGGGUGAAACUUUUGUGGGUUUUGUUUACGCCAGCGGACGAAUUGUACCUCUGUGGCCGUAGAGAGAGGACUAGAAGUCACCAUCGGUCUCGUCAAUAACUGUAUCAUAAAGGAUUCAGUCAGCCGUGCGGUGAAAAGGUAACAGGUGUACACUGAACACGGCUGAGGGGAGGUCCGUGGAAGGGGGGUGCACUCUAUUCAACUCUCAGGGCCGAUGCAAACAUCCCCACG